AUGAAAGUUCUGGGAGCUAUCCGCGAAGUAAAUGAAUAUGACAUGGCUAUAAGUCUGCCAAAUGGUUUGGGUGGAUUUGUUCAUAUUACAAACAUAAAUGAGAAGAUCACUGAGAGAUUAAAGAACAUCUUAGAGGUUGAUGAGAGUGGAAACACAGAGGUUAGAGAGUACUUUAAAUUGCAAGGCACCAAUAUCCAAAAAUAUGUUAUCAAGGGUUGUUUUAGUUUUGAUGUUGAACUCAGGACUCCCUCCCCCCCUUAAAAUUAGUAAAUUAACUCUUAAGCUUCCAUGAAGGACCAACACAUUUCCUCCUUGCAAUAAUAACACAUUAUAAAAUAAUUCAAAUAGUACAUGUGCUCUGAUUGGCCAUAAAACCAUUUUACAUGAGUGUAUGUAAACACGGAUUUCGUUCCUCUUUCAUUAGUUAUUUUAUAAAAGAAAUGUAAAAUGGUUUCCGUGUUUACAUAGCCUGAUGUAAACACUUGGGAGGUUGGGAGAACACUCCUACACUUAUCUCGUGUUCUCCUUUAUAUCAGGCUAUGUAAACAUGGAAACCAUUUUAAAUUUCUUCAAUAUCAAACAGACAAGUGAUGAAAAUAGAGAAAAAUAUCAAUUGGGAUUGUUAAGUGAUCUAAUACUUAAUUCUUGAAACUCUGUCAUACAGAGUGUAUGACAGUCAGUAAGGAGAAUUGAAUGAGAUCUCAGGAGUGAAGGGAAUUAUGAAAUUAUUGGGCACUAAUCAGAUUCUUGAAGAUCACAGAUGUCCCAGGCACACAUCAUGAUAAAAAAUUUUACUUGACCCUUGCUAACAGGCAAUGUUGUGUUGUGGAAGGUGACAUUCAUAUGAUGUGUGAGAAUGGAAAGUUGAAUUUUUGAAUUGUGAAAUGCUGUGUUUUGUGAAUAAAACUGACUACAUGUGAGUAAAUUUUAUCGUGAAAAAGGUCACAUUGAAUUUCUUUAAGCUUAUUUUUUCCAGGGACUUUUUAAUUUUAUAGUGUGUCUAGACUAGAAAAGACAUCAUUUGUUUGCUGUUUUGUAAGUGCAAGAUAUCAUGUACAGGAAAACUCUAUCUUUUUUUACACAGGACACACCAAGUUUCCCAGGGCUUGCAAAAUUCUUUACCGUAGGAUCUCUGGUGCAGUGUUCAGUCUUGGAAACUGAAGGCCCAAAACCUGGAAAAAAGAAAAUCAAAUUAUCUGUGGAUCCUAAAGAGCUUAAUAGUGGCAUCACCAAGUUAUCUUUAAAGCAAGGGAUGGUAAGUACAUGUAGAAUUGAUAAUCAUUGGAUUAUAAGAGAUGUUUACCCUUCAUGCAUACUUUUAUCUUUUUUCAUCAUUAAAAAGUCAAUACAGAUAAGAAUUGCAGCAUAUUCAUCCAAAUAUGUUCUCUAAGAAGGGAGACCAGAAGGGGUUGGAACCCGUGGUUAAGUUGGGUGAAUGGCCAACUACAAUGUACAGGACCAGUGCUCUACAUGUUCCAAUUAUGUGUACCUUGUGUAUAUAUCAUGAGUGGCAGAGGAAGUUGGUAUACCUCCCCUAACUGGGUGGUUGAUAACCUUCCACUCAGCAUAAUAAUCAUAGAUAAUGUAAUUAAUCUCAAAUAAGUUAAAAUUUAAAUCUCCCCUUUCUCCCCCCCUCCCCCCCAAGCAAUGUUGCCUGUAAUAAGUGAGCAUUAAUGCAAACACUAGGCAACUGAAAUGAAGGAGAAGAGGGAGAUGAAUGAAAGAUGUAGAAAAGAUUCAGAUUAUGGUACAGUGCACUAAGACUUUUGCCACUCAUUGUACAUGUAGCUACCUACUGUACAUGUACCACAUAAAUGAAUGCUAUUUAUUGAUCAUGUAUGUUGGGUGAUUAACAUCUUUGUGAACAUUUCUUUUAGCUAAGUGAAAACUGACCGAUAUAUCAUUCACUGGUUUGUUCUGAUUGAGUAACACAUCAAGUGCCUCCUUACAGAUCAUUUAAAGUGGCUAAAUUGUGCUAAUCAGUUGCAAACAUUAAUUUCAUUUUAAAAAAUUGUAGGUCCUUUCAGGGUUUGUAAAAAGUGUUGAAGACCAUGGCUACCUCAUAUCAUUUGGCAUUGAUGACACAACAGCUUUUCUACCAAAGACCAGUCUAAACAGAGGUAUCAAUUGAAAUUAAUUGGAAUUUUGUAAUUUGCUUAUGCACAAACCACAUACUUUAGUAUACACACACCAUGCGUAUGUUUUUUUAGAUGACUCUUCAUAGAACAGUGUUUCUGUCAUUUUCAGUCUAAACAGAAACAAUGGAUGAUGAUUUAUAAUUUUUAUGAUUGCUCCUUUUAGAAUUUGAAGAGGGGAAUCCCCUUUCACUGUUAAUUAAGUCUGUGGCAAAAGAGCAGAGAAUCAUAACAGUCAGUGUGGACACAGAUGAGGUUCAAGGUGCAAUGGUAUGUACAUGUCACUGUAAACAACUUUACUGCACCAGCUGUAAGCAGCAAGGCUUACGUUAAUGAUCCCUUGUACAUAAUUACAUUUUAAAAUGUUUAUUACCAAUACUAUUGAAUGCUGUCAUGGUUCCUUUAGCCUCUAGCCUCUAGCACCUAUUAAUGAAUAAACUGCACUUCUUUUAAUUUUACCUGUUAAAGUAAUUUUCUUGUUUUAUUUAAAUAAAUACCAUUUUUGUGAGUAAUAAAAGUUUGUUGUUGUUGUAGAUUACAGAGGAUAUGAAAUUGAAGUUCUCAGCACUUCUUCCUGGUAUGCUUGUCAAAGCAUCUGUAACUCAGGUAAUAUCUUAGUCCUUGUGAUAUAUACUGUAUCUUAGUUCUGACUGGAGUUUGGUUUUAUACAUUUCAAUAAAAAAGUGCUCUAUCCUGGAAAAUUCCACAUGUUUUGUGCUAGUAAUGUCAUUGUCCCUAUAAAAAAGACUUUUGUUACAACACAGGUGACUCAGAGUGGUCUGAUCCUGGAUUUUCUGGGAGGAUUUGAAGGAUCGGCAGACAUAAUUCAUCUUCCAAACUGUGGUGGGGAUGGAAAGAAUUUGGAAGAAACCUACCCAUUGAAGAAAAAGGUUAUUAGAUAUGAUGUCACACAUAACUAACUAUGUAAUAUAGUUCCCAGCUAUAGUUUUUCCCCUUUUUUUUCAAUGUAUAAAUAACUAGUGGAGGAUGGGUACACUUAUACCCAAGGUGUGUAACCAAAACCCCCCUAAAAAUUUCAUGAAAAUUUAGUGUUUUGAGUAUCAAUUGUUACUCCAUCUUGUUUAAUACACAUGUAGAGUGAAAUUUAACCAGUGAGGUUGUUUUAUUGUAUACCGUAUUUACUUGUAACUAGAGAAUUAGGGCUUAUUUAAUUUUUGCACCUUUAGGGUGACACUGCUUAUUUGAAAAUUGUAUGCAACAAAGAAACAUUCUCUUUUAAUUUAAUGGUAUACUGUACAUGAAAAACUAAAGGCUUAAGAAAAACAACUGUUAUCACAAAUUAGAUAAUCAGCUAAAUUUCUUAUGAUUUUGAUGCUGUAGGACUUCCUUCAAAAACGAAUGGAAGACUUCAGUUCAUCAAAAUAUAACCACGUUAAUAUGCAUUGAAGGGUGCUUUUUUUUUUUGAGCCCUGAACUCUUUCUGCUUAAGCUCGAAACUUUUGUUUCUUAUGUAGACUGAAUUUGAUUGUUUAGUUUUGAAAAAAUGGCUAUCACUUCAAGUGAGAAAUCACUUCACACAACUUCUGAAAAAAAAAUUCUGAAAGCUACAUGUAUCCUACAUGAAGGUUUUUCCAUGGGAAAGACCUUCAAAUGAAGUGUAGCCAUCCAAUUAAAUCACCUGUUUAUGCAAAUAGUACAGUUUGCUAUCAGGCUAGGUACACAUCGGCACACAUUGGCACAUAUCGGAACACAUCAGUUUACAUUGGCACUGAUUGGUACCCAUUGGUACAUAUUGGAACACAUUGGCACAUAUUGGCACACAUUGGUACACAUGGUGUGUGAUAUUUUCCUCCCUAGUUCCUCCCUAAUGCAUCUUUUGUUGUUUGCUUCUUUGGUGUAUUGACAGGUGAAAUGUCGCAUUCUGUAUGUAAAUGCCAAUAAGAAGACAGUAGGUGUAAGCCUUCAAGAGACAACUGUACUCCAUAAAACUGCAACCUUUGGUCAGUGGUCAGUUGGUGAUGUCAUUGAUGAUGCCGCUGUGUUCAGAGUUGAUCAGAAAAUGGGUUUAUUUUUGAAUUUGUCCGAUGGAAUUCUUGGAUUUACUCAUGUAAGUUUUAUAAACUAGUGAAAGAGAUUCAACCACGUGGAUACACACACUGUACUCCUUUGUACCUGCAUUUAACAAAGGUCAAAAUUAUUGUUACUCAGGGCUCAGAAAUUUUAUAAGGUUUGUCUUUAUUUGGAUUUGCUCAGGUUGAUGCAAAAAAUGCCUUUUUAAGGUUUACAGUGUCAGGUCAAAUUUGCUCAAAAUGCUUGAAAUGACAGAUGCAGACCUGCCAAUCCCCCUGGUUAUAAUCCUACAUCUAGGAUAGAGUGUCUUGCCCAUCAAAAUGACACCAUUCCAUGGUCAGAUCUACGCCUUUGCUUUUGACCUCUCAAGAUGGGGAACCUUUUGUUUAUUACCAGUUUUCCCUGAGAGUGCUGCUGACAUUGUUUCAUUUUGGACUUUAGAUUUCUAGAGUGUCAGAUGAGCAUGUGGAGAAACUGGGAAAGAAGUAUAAAGUUGGAACCACUCACAGGUAAAUUGAACCCCCUUGUAGCAUGAUGAUUUUUCAGGAGUUUUAUUUUUUAUUGGAAAAACUUGUGUUGUGGAUGAAAAAAAUGGUUGCAUUUCCAGAUUACCAAAAUUUCUGAUACAACCUAAUUUUGAAAUUUGAUUUCUUAAUAAAAACAAGAAUCAAGCUAAAAUUGUACAUGUUUGUCUACCUUUUGUGUAGUUCCCCAGAGUUCUCCAUUCAGUAGCAUUUAAAUUUACAGAACUUUUUUUCUGGGAGAACUUUAUACGUGGUCAAGGACUAUUUACAAAAUCUUCAAGAAUUGAAACCUACACACUUUUUGUCAACAUACCAAGGUUUGAUUAGUAAUCCUCCCCUUUAGCUGCUACACUUUUCUUUUUAAAUAAGUCACAAGAAUUUGGUGUUAGAUCAAGACAACAACUUCUACCAGAUGAGUUUGUGUAUUCUCAUUACCUGUUUGCUGGAUAAGGUAUGGAUAUUGUAGUGAGAAGUUAGAUGUUAAUCACAUCUGGGAUUGAAAGAGUGAACUACCUUAAUAAACAUCAAUAGCAGGAAAACUAUCAGUUAACCCUUUAAGUCCUGGAUCAAAUUUAGAAUUCUCCUUACUGUCAACUAUACAACAUUUAUAAUGGUAGUUCAAAGAAUUUAGCACUUGGUCAAUUAAUAAUCACCAAAUUGAUAUUUUUCUUUAUUCUCAACACUUAUCUGGUUGAUAUUGUAUUGAUAUUGUAAGGAGAAAUUCUAUCUUGGUCACUCAUGGGAGUUAAAGGGUUAAAAAAUUUGGUGCAAGAAGCACUUUCUUGUAAAUUUUUCAAUAACAACAAAUUUCACUUGCCCUAUGGGCUCAUGAAACUUUGUUGUCUUCGAAAAAUUUACUUGUGCUUAUUAACAUCAAAUUGCACUCAAAAAUAUUUUGUUUUGGCCUGGUUUCACUCAUCAUCAUUUCUAAUGUGUAUAUUAUCUUUCAGGUGCCGUAUCCUUGGUUUCAAUUCGCUGGAUGGCUUGGUUAACCUGACUAUGGAAAGGUGAGUUCUUGAGUUGUUUACUUGUUCAUGCAACUGCUUGAAUAUGUAACGACAUUUAUGCCACUCAGUUUAACUGUUUUGAAUUUCUUCUUGUUCUAUUUUUAACAAAUUCAAUUGCCCUGCACUUCAUCUUUGUCAUUAAAGCACAUCGAUGUACAUGUUUGUAUAAAAGAUUUUAAUGCUUUCUGUGAUGAUCUUAUCUUUACUUGCAAUCAGCUCAAUAACCUUUUUUUUUCUUCUUUCUUUUGAUUCACAUUUGUGCAAACCUAACGUUAGUGAAACGGUUCUUGCAUUAUCUUCAAAAUGAUUAAGACACUUAGAUACAGCAAUGCAGUUGUACAUGUAUAUAGAGACUUCUUUUUGCUUUCUCGUUCAAAGGUCUGUCAUUGAGCAACCAUUUUUGAGUUAUCGUGAUAUCAAGCCAGGAGAAUUGGUUAAGGUAAGAUGACUGCCAGCCCUUGGAAGGUUUUCUUUCCUUCUUUGUCGGGGGGUUGUUUUCUUUUCCACUCUCCCCACUCAAGUGGUCGUAAUUUUCUCUUUACAUGAAGACUUCUAGCAAACUUUUAGCAGUAGGGGGGCAGCGCGUGCAUUAUGCCUUAGCAAUUGGAUAGGAAGCAUUGUUUGCAUAUUAUUUUUUUUAGUUGGCGUUUUGGUUUCAUUUUCUUGGGGAAAAAAUUAGUUGGUUAGUUUGUUAGUUCACCAGCGGCUCCUUGGCUUCUUAAAGAUUUUUCAUAGUUUUGAUCAAUCGGUAUAAGGACUUUGUGUCUUCAAAUUCUUUCAAAAGUCUUACUGGUGAUUAAUAAAUUGGACUGUGUCUUGCUGCUGUGUGAUCUUGUGUAUCAGCCAUACAACUAAAAGACCAAAAUAUACUGCACUCGGUCCUCUUACCACUAUACCAGCUUAAAAACUUUGCAGUCAGUUAAAUUACUGGUCAUAAUAGCUCCUGGCUUUCACCUUUCAAUGAUUUUUUCAAAAUGAUAUUUUUAUACGUUCUUCUUUUUUUUUGUAGGGAAAGAUAAUGAGCUUAGAGAAGUUUGGAAUGUUUGUCUCUUUGACGGACCACAUCAAAGGCUUGUGUCGUACACUUCAUUUAGCGGAUAUAAAUCUUCAACAUCCAGAGAAGAAAUUAAAAGAAGGAAAAACUGUUAAAUGUAGGGUACGUAAGUGUGCGGGAAACUUUUUAUUGAGAAAUGUUUAAUUCUGUAAUUCUGUCAUGGAUCAGAAAGAAGAUUAUAGGGACUCUAUGUGUAGUUCACAAUUGCUAUUCUACUACAAUGAGGUCAUGAGAUUUACCAAAUGAGGUCAUGAGAUUGCGCAAAAUAUGCCACUGUAUUCCACUGCAGAACAGGGCUACACUGAACGAUCCUGACUUUGAGGAUUCACUUUCACUCGAUUUCACGGUAGUAUAUCGCGCACUCUGAGGAAUCCCCUUCAUCGAUCGUUACGUUAGUAUCUCGCGCAAUAUAAGGAUUCUCUUUCAUCGAUUGUUUCGUUAGUAGAUCGCGCACUCUGGGGAUUCUCUUUCAUCGAUUGUAUCUUUAGUAUACUGCGCAAUCUAAAGAAUCUCUUUCAUUAAUUGUAACGUGAGUAUAUCGCGCAAUCAGGAUUCUCUUUCAUCGAUACUAACGUUAGGAAAUCGCGAACUGUUAGGAUUCUCUUUCAUCAAUAGUAACGUUAGUAUCUCGCGCACUCCAAGGAUUCUCUUUCAUCGAUUGUUUCGUUAGUAUCUCGUGCACGAUAAGGAUUAUCUUUCAUUGAUUGUAAAGUUUGUAUCUCGCGCACUCUAAGGAUUCUCUUUUAUUGAUUGUAACGUCAGUAUAUUGCGCACUCUAAGGAUUCUCUUUCAUUGAUUGUAACGUUAGUAUCUCGCGCACUAUAAGGAUUCUUUUUCAACGAUUGUAAAGUUAGUAUAUCGCUCACUGUGAGGAUUAUCUUUCAUCGACUGUUACGUUAGUACCUCGCGCGCUCUAAGGAUUCUCUUUCAUCGAUUGUAGCGUUAGUAUAUCGCGCGCUCUAAGGAUUCGCUUUCAUCGAUUGUUACGUUAGUCUCUAGCGCACUCUCAGGAUUCUUUUUCAUCGAUUGUAACGAUAGUAUAUCGCGCACUGUGAGGAUUAUCUUUCAUUGAUUGUUACGUUAGUAUGUCGCGCACUCAGUACUCUUUUUCGAGGAUUUUUACGUCAGUGUAUUGCGUACUGUAAUAUAGGAUUCUCUCUGAUCGAUUGCUACGUUAGUAUAUCACGCACUCUUAACAUUUUUUUUUCAUUGAUUGUUAGAGUAGUAUAUCGCACUUUCUAAGGUUCUCUUUUAUUCGAUUUUUACGAUAGUAUCUCGCGCAUUCUAAGGAUUCUCUUUCAUCAAUUGUCAUGGUAGCUUAGUACGCACUUUGAGGAUUCUCUUUCAUCGAAUGUGCCGUUAGUAUAUGGCACUCCUAGGAUUUCUCUCAUCGACUGUUAUGUUAGCAUAUGGCGCACUCCUUGGAUUUCUCUCAUCGACAAUUAUGUUAGUAUAUCGCGUACUUGAAGGAUUCUCUCUCAUAGAUUGUUACGUUAGGAUGUCACGCACUCUUAGGAUUUUUCACACCAAUUGUUAGUUAGUAUAUCGUACAUUUUAAGGAUUCUUUGCCAUCAAUUGUUACGUGAGUUAAUCGCACACUAUAAGGAUUCCCUUUCAUCUCUUUUUUAAUUCAAUCGUUUGAUUAGUAUCUCGGGCAUGCUUAAGAUUCUCCUUUACCUAUUGGUUCGUUAGUAUCUCGGCCACUGUAAGGAUCCUCUUCCUUUCAAUUGUUUUGUUAGUAUCGUACGCACUCUGAGGAUUGUCUUCCUCGUAAAUGUUUUGUUAGUAUCUCGCGCACUCUAAGUGUUGUCCUUAUUUGAAUUGUUUCGUCAAUAUCUCGCGCAUUCUUAGGAUUGUCAUUCUUUUAAUUGUCUCGUCGGUAUCUCGCGCACUCAACGGAUUCUCUUUCGGUCGAAUGUUAUGAUAAUAUCUUGCGCACAUUGAGCAUUCUUUUUUUAUUCAAUAAUUUCGUCAGUAUCUUGUGCACUCUGAAGAUUCUCUUUUAAUCGAAUGUUUCGUUUGCGUCUUUCGCGUUUUACGGAUUUUUUUUCCUUCCAUUGCUUUGUUUGUAUCUUGUGCACUCUGAGAACUCUUCUUCUUUUGAUUAAUUCUUUAGGAUAAAUGCAGUGUAAGGACUCUCUUUCGAUCAAUUGUUUGUUUAGUUUCUAACGCAGUCGGAGGAUUCCUCUUUCAUGUAAUUGUUUCAAUAGUAUCUCGGGCACUCUGAGGAUUCUCUUUCAUCGGAUUGAUUCGUUGGGGUCUCUUGCAUUCAGUUACAGACUGUUGUCUUCAACAUGUAUUUUUAACUAGCACAAUUGUUUCAUUUUAAGGCUGGUGUACUAAGAUUUUUUUAAAAUUAUUUAAAGGUUCUCUCAGUUUGGCCAGAUCGACGCCGUUUGCUGCUCACUCACAAGAAGACACUAAUAGAGUCAUCGCUUCCAAUCAUCACUGAGUACUCUCAAGCACAGCCUGGAGUCAGUUGUCAUGGCUUUGUUGUAGCCAUCAAAGACUUUGGCUGCUUUGUAUUAUUUUACAAUAAUGUCAAGGGCUUGGUGCCACUACGUGAGCUUGGGUGAGAACAGUGUGUUUAAACAGUCAAAAACUGAGUGGAAGGUGAAGUUGCCUCGUCAUGCGAAGAUUCGUUAGCAAAAAAUUGGAAAUAAGAGUUGAUAUGGUGGCCACAGAUAAAACCAAGGGAACUGCCUAAAGCGCGGGAAAACGCGGACGGGCAAGUUGUGAUUGGUUUUAGAUGUGCGGCCCUGCUGAUUGGCAAAGGGGAUGGGGCGAAAUUUUUGGACCAAUCAAAGCAGUCCUUCAUGACUUUCGAUACUCAUUUAAACAUUGCUGAUUGGUUGGUGCGCUGGACCCUGGAUCGAAAGGUCUGGGUUCAAGCUUUGACUGGCUCUUUGUGUUGUGUCCCUGAGCUAGACACUUUAAUACCUAAGUGCCUCUACCUCCCCCCCCCCCCCCACUCCCCCUUGAAAAGUAUAAAUGCCCUUUGCUGAACUUUGAAGAAACCUGACACCCCGAGAGCCAACGAUUUACUCGGUGAUUACCCAGAGGUUUUGCGCGCAGUGGACAAGCAUCCCAUCCAGCGGGGGGAGGGGUGGGGGAAUACCUUUAGUUUCCCUAUGCUACAGGAAAAGAGUCUCACCAGUCAUGGACUUCUUAGCCUUGAAGACUUAACCUUUGGUAUUCAAUUGUGAUUGUGAACAGGAUUCCGGCUGAUACUGAUCCUCGCAGUGCAUUCUACCUUGGACAAGUCGUGUUGUGCCAUGUGUUGAGUUGUGAGCCAGACCAGAUGAGGUUAAGGCUAUCGUUGAAGGUAUGUUGGCUAAUUAUCACAAACUCCGACCUUGCUUUCUACAACUGUUGUAAGUGAUGGGUGGUUAAUCCUCGUUAAACAGACUCGCGUAAGUUAGACACCCUCUCGGGCAAGGUAAAUAACUCUCACUUUUCCUCUCCUUACUGUGGAGUACAUGAACAGCACGGGUGGAUGCUACGAAAUUGUCAGGUGGAACCUUGUUAAAUCCUGAAGUUAACUUCAAUUUUAGGAUCGGAAAGUUCCGCCCCAUUGUAAAUUUGCCCCCUUUUGCACGUACUUCUCCCGCAUAAUGAAGAGUUCCCCCCAUUUUUAUCAGUGCACCCCAAAUCUUGUAACUCGUUUUAAGUUAAAACAUGUCUUUUCUGACGGAACAAUCCAGCGUUUGACACAAGGUAGAACAUUUGCAUGUUAAUCAAAAUUCUUUACAUACUUUCAGAAAAGUUCCAGGCCUGGUCCUGCUUUGGAAAAUGUCAACAUUACAACAUCCGUAAGUAAAUAACUUAAACGUUUUCGUAAUUGAGAUUUUUCUUAUCUUAUUUCGUGGUUGCGUCCGUCGCUACACAGUUUUGGGAUAUUUUGUAAGUAACAACAGGAUGGUAAAGCGCAGUGACUUGUUAUACCUUUGUGAUAAUGAAUGAUCCAUCGGUUAAAAAAAUAUUUUGCUUCUCGAUAUUCACAUUUAUCUCCCAACCAGUUGUACAAAACUUAGAUCAUUGGCGACUUUGUCGUUCGUAUUUACCGCAAGUUCAGACAACACACUUGUUUUUGUUUCGAUUUGUAUCGAGUUCACAAUGCUUCCUUGUGAUAUUUGUCUUCGUUCUGGUUUGCUAUUGCGAUAACUGAAGUUUCAGUUUCACGACGAUCAGCCCAAAUGUGCUCUAUCAUUUUCAUUGGUUUUGUCGUUUUUUGCAUUGUUUAUUGUUCUAAUCCGUAUAAUACUCUCUUGCUUGCCUCCUGUACAGUUGUUAGAAGCUGAUGUAGUGAACAGCAGCGAGGAAGGGCUGGAUGUUGCCCUUCUUCCUAGUGGUGCACCAGCAUUUCUUCCAGUUCCGCAUUUAUCAGAUCAUGUCAGCAACUGCAAGGCUCUCCUCUCUGUCUACAAACCCUCCACAAGAUUGACCAGUGUUGUUUGUUAUGGCAGGAACAAGAGGCAGGAAAUUGUAUCCUAACUCGUAAUACUAUGAAAUGCGAGUUUGAAAGAGAUUUUCGCAGUAAUGAACACUGCUUAAGCAAUAGUGAAAAUAAGGCCUGAAAUUAAGGUCUUAUUACGAACCAACAUAAUUUCCAGCUUCCAGUUGGCUUGUCAGCUCAGUUGGUAGAGCAAUGCACCAGUAUCGUAGAGGUCAUGGGUUCAAAUCUCGUACAGGCCUGAAUUUUUUUCAAGCCUUAUUUUCACUACUGCGAAGAUCGCUUUCAUGCUCAAUUCUAAAUCCGCAGGUCACAAAUAUGAUGUUCAUACAUUCACCGUUACUUUUUAAGGGUUUUCUCCUUACUCGUCCCCAGUCGUCUUCAAAGCAGGGCAACAUACGCGGGCAACGACCGAUGGGUUAGUGCCACGCUGGUGUUGACUGGGGACUAGUCACAGUUUUGCCUGUGUGACUAGGGGACCCUUCUGUUCUGAUAGUUUCUGGUCCUUUAAUAUUUUUUUUUUGACUUAGUUACAUUUAUGAAAGAAAUUCAAACGAUGAAAAUGUCAUGAAACGAAACAGAGUAAACUGUUUGACCCGCCUUACUAUUCCUUAAAUCGUAAUACAUUGACUUACAGCCAUUCCCCCCGUUAUAUGAAUCUCUCAACUUUCAGUACAUGUGAUGAAUAAUGUAAAUGUACUGUGUAUGAUGGUACUUAGUGCAUGUUAACAGUUCUAAAUGCGCCUAAAAUCAACUUAAGGAUUACUUUCAGUUCCUUAACCACACUUUAACGUAGACUGUUUCUUUGAAACCAUCUCUUGUGAAAGCUGCAUCUGAGGAAAGACUUAUUACCAGCUUUAACGACGUCGAAGUAAGUAUAGUGUUUCUACAGUGCAUCUACAGUACAUCUACAGUAUAUCCAAUUCAACCAGGGAGAGGUCAGAGAGAAAAUAACGUGGUUGUGAAAGCGUUUGUGGGGUAUUAUUUACUAAUGUCAUUAUUUUAAUCUUAGGUGGGAAUGAUCUUACCUGGUUUUGUCAAAAAAGUGAUGAGUUAUGGAGUGUUCGUUGAGUUUUCAACGGGAAUUUUUGGGCUUGCUCCAAACUCGGUAAGUACCCUUGCCGUUCUUCGUAAAACAAUCGUCGCUCUUUGCUGAGAGACAUUACACAUAAGGAAAAACAAGGGGUUGAAUUAUUACACUAAACUCAUAACAAAGCCUGCUUUUUGUUGACAGGAAGCUCUCUUGAAUAAGCUGCGACAGGCUGAGAACGCUUAGCGAGAGAUCAAAAAGCUAAGCUUGUUUAACCGAAACUGUCGUUGUAUUUUCCUCUCUCUGCCCCACGGUCACCGAGUAUGGGCUGCAAGAUACACCCUUUCGUAUCAACGUCUUCACUUCCCCUUACCCUUCCUCCUCAUCCUUUUAAGGGUAAACGCAGGUUUCCUUUAUAAUGAAUAAUACUCAAUUAUUACUUGGGGAGAGAAUUGUCCUUCAAGAGGGCAGCGUCGUUUCCUAAUUGCAACAAAACUGACCCUAGUCUGCACUUAACCCUUUAACCCCUAAGAGUGAUUAACAUCGAAUUUCUCCUUGCAAUAUCACCCCCUAAAUCACACAUAAAGGUUACAAGAAAAAAGGAAAUCAUGACCAAUGAUAGAAGCUCUAGAUUGUUAAACAAAUUCUCCUUGUCAACACCUUAGGAAAUGUAUUGAGAACAGUAUGGAGAAUAUGCAUACUGAUGUUGGGGCGUAAGGGGUUAGAACAGAGCAGAUGCCUUCUGAUUCAUUUACCGUAUGGUUUCUCUCACCUUUGUUAUUUCAAUCUGCAAAUUUGAAUGUUUAUGGGUUUUUUUUUUUUUUCAGUUUCUUGCUGAUCAUUUUGUGUCAGAACCCGCUUUUCACUUUCCUACUGGACGGACAGUUAUGGCAAAGGUUUGCUUUAUUCGAAUCAGCUUAUUUUAUUUAGAUCAUUACUUCUAAUUUAACUGAUGUUGUUCAGGAUCAAAUCGCGGCAUUAUAUUAACAACAACUGACUGCUGAAGGUUUACUUUCUCGGGGAGAGGUAAAAUGUAAAGCUAAGUAAGAGUCUUUAGAUAGAGACUAGGAUAGAGCAGUUUUCAGGGCUCUUUUUAACACACGUCCUUUGUCCUCUCUUUCUGCAUUUUAGGUCACUGAAAUUGACGAAGAAAGGCAGAGAUUUCUUGUUAGCCUCAAAAUGUCCGACUGUUGCCCUGAAAUUAUCGUUGAAGGGAGUUCUGAUCCUGCUGUAGAGUUGUUGGAAAAUUAUCUCUUUGAGAGACAGAAGAUUGUUCAACAGUUGGCGUCCAGUUCAGGUGUGUAUGGUAAGGGUGACAAGUUUUAAACAAAUGUUGAUCACUUCCUGUGUUCACCAAUAAGUACGCCAUGACUUCCACCAUUCAUUCGUAAAUUGUAAUCAUAACUACUGUGGUUUUGUUGUUUACAGAGGACAUGGAGGCUCUGUUUUCACUUGGUCCAGGAUCCUGUGUUGAAGGAAAGGUGAGGAAAUUGAACGACUUGUAAUUUGUAAUGUUGUUUUUUUAGUGAAGCAUUAUUCAUGCUCAAUGUUGAAGUUAAGUUGUACUGAUGAUCAAAUGAUUCAAGAUCAUUUCGGAACAAAUAAGCACUCAUACAUUUUUCAACGACCUAAACUUCCUCGAGCUCGAAUUCGUAUUUUUUAAAUGUUCAUUCAAUGUGACAUUUCUGCGCUCAUUUUCAAUUUUAUGCACUUUUUUGACAUUUAUUGACGUAUACCAUUUUUCCAGCCCCAGUCAAGAAAUGUUUAUAAAGAGCUUCAAUUGGGGUUCAUACUUUCGAUUGUGAAAUUGAGUUACUAGGCACUCCAGGUAAUAUUGUGACAAAGUUUAUACUUCUGCGUUAUUUCUGUGUUCAGGUUCUUAGUGUGAAAUUCCGAGGCAUCCUUUUGCAGCUUGCCAACGGCGUUCAGGGUUUUACUCCCCACCAGCUUGCCAAAGGUAUAUUUACUAGGAAUUUUGUUGCUGAGUAUUAUCAUGUUUCACGUAUACAUUCGGAGAGACUGUGUAGCUGAUAGUUUUUGGAAAAUCCGCGAGAGAAAUAGGACGUAGAAAAUUCACCUCUCUACCCGCACGUCCUUCUGCUUCAUUUACUGCUUUGCAACCUUAAUUUUGGAUGAAAACACUUUCAAAACCACUUGCCACGCAGGCAGACAGUUUGACGAGGAAGUCCUCUUUACAUAAUCGUGUCACAAUUCCUUUUGAAUCUUGUGGAGCAUUUGUAUAGAAAAACUCUCAAACUUAAGCAAUAUCGUUUGCCUCUCAAGUUGUAAAGCUUUGAAAAAGAUAUAUUACAUGACUUUGUACAAUAUUUUUCACACUCUGACGUUUUUGUUUGUUCUUUUAAGGAGUAAGCUGUGAGCCAGGCGAAGUUGUGUUCGGCUGCGUUUUGGACUGGGAUUUCGAUAAGAAAUGUGUGAUUGUCUCAUUAAAUCCAGAACUAGUAGCUGAAAGGAAGGCCGUGGAGACUCAGAAAGAAAAACAAAAAAGGGUAAACUUCACAUAUUCUACGAGGUGACUGGUUUGCAGCACCAUGAAGAUAAUGCUUCACGUCACCCGCCUUUUCUUCUCAACCAAUCAAUCAAUCAAUCGCGACUUGGUCAAUCGCGUUUUCCGCGCUCGAAGCAGUUUGCGUGUUCUUACUCCUCUUGGGCUGCCUGUAAUAUCAUCCGUACGUCUGAUUGGCUGUUGUGAUUAGUUUAGUUUGGGUUUGAGAGAACUCAGUCAAAAUGCACUUUUUUUGCCAAAUUCUCGUAACCAUUUUCGAGGAAAAUUUAUAGCAGCACGAAGGGAGGAUUGCUGAUUAGAUCUUGAGAGUUAAAAAAAUCUCUUAUUAAGAUGCCAUUUCGUAAAGCUUUCUUCUAACUUUGUUUAUUUAAUGGUCUAAGCAAUUGUCUCUUGGAGGAUUUAACAAUUUAUUUAGGUUGGGAAAGACAUCAGCAUGUUUGGCUUUUGUGUUUUUUGCAGCUGAAACAUGGACGCAUUAUAAAGGCUUGUGUUCAACUAAUCAAGGAGAGCUACAUUGUGGUGACGAUUCCUCAACACAAUUACCAGCUGGCGUAUGCACCUACUAAAAUGGUGAGGCUAGAUUAUUUGUCGUUCUACCCAGAACCAGUUCAAAGUGAUUUCUUUUCUUGUGGCUCGUUUGUUGAAAGUCUCGUUAACUUUACAGUCCCCAGGCCAUAUUUCAUUCUCUAAAGCUGAGGAAUAUUUGUGCGGGUCUCAGCCCAACCACCAGUCCACUUUGUUUCGUUUCUAAUCGUAUAUGUGGUCUGAAUUCCCGAAAUAUUAUUAUCUCUUUCUUGUGAGUGAAACGGCAGAAAAAUUAGAAAAAGAUGUUAUGAUAAGAAACAGCUUUUCAUGAAUAUGUAACUCGCGGGACUUUUGAUAAACUUGCCCCCCCUUGUUUCGUAAAACAAAGGCAAGUUCAUAAAUAUAUCUGACCUUGUGAAAACUGGGUAGGUUACGGUGUUAUACAUUUAAGUGACGGAUUAAACCUUUACACCCAAACAUCAAUAUGCAAAUUCUCCAUAUUGUUCUCCAUACAUUUCCUUAGAUGCUGACAAGGAGAAUUUGUUUAAUAAUCUAGAGCUUCUUCUAUUGGUUGUCCUUUCCAUCGUUAUUCUCACGACCUUAACGUGUGAUGCUAGUGACUCUCAGUGGUUAAAGAGUUAAAAGAAGGCUUAAGUUUAAUCAUAGUUUUGUUUGAAUUUUUGCGUCGUAGCAUUUGAACGACAUCAGAGAUGCAUCAAAGCGAUUUGCUGUAGGACAAGAAUAUUCUUCAAUAGUACAAAGGUAAGGGAUAGGGCGCCUUCUACCACAGGUAUUUCUUGCUGUAAAGUGACGUGAUCUAGGCCCAGUUGUUCAUGGGGCGGAUAACGGUAUCCAGCGGAUAAGUGUUGACGAAACGUACUGCGCUGUCUGUCGGAUAAAUAUUUAUCCAGUUGAUAUUGUUAUCAGCCUUUUGAACAACCGGGACCUAAACGUUACCUCAGUUUUGUGUCCUUUUUUACUUUGAUCAUGAUAUGCCAAUUUUCCUCCGCUUAGUUUUAAGUUUUCCAAAACUGAGUUCAAUGGGCUGCAGUGCAUUUAUUAGUUGGAUGUGCCUUUUUUCCUUACAGAGGCGUCGGCUGAAAAUUCAUGAAAUAAUUCCAGGGGAAUAAAAUUAUACAUGACCAUUAAGAGGUCACCCGAUGUGACACUUUGCCAAAAUCCGGACAAAAAAAAUAUUCGAAACUGGAAAUUGCAAUGAUUAGAAAUUCUAACAAGUGUCACAAUACCUUAUCUUAUCUUAUCAAUACCUUAUUAUACCUUAAAUGUGAAAAUUCUAACCUGAGAGCAGGUGUACACCAAGUGCCCUUGUUGAGUGCCUCAAGUUUUUCGCGGCGCACAGGCAGCGUAUAAGAUGCACUGUCUGGUUUUCAGAAGUGCUAUUUAAGUCAGUUGAAGCUUUCACAAGUAAAAUAAAAUUUCGACACAACUGUUGAAAUAUAACGUUGUUUAAUUGUUUGUUAACUUGUUUCCGCUUAGACCAGUCAAGGCGAACGACAGCCUUCUACCUUUAGUGAUCCUUCAAGAAAAACAAAUUGGAAAGGAAAAUGUCGUGCCUGGUGCUAUUGCCACAGCGCAGUGAGUGAUAAUAUGUUACUUUUGUAUAAGAAGCGUAAAUUUGUCCUUAAUCAGUUAAGAAAUACGGUGUUUCGCAUAUCAUUCACGCCUUAUCUCUUUGUUCGGUCGGUCAGUAAGCUAAGGAACGCAAACACGCGCAGUAUGCACUAGUACACUACGCGCAGACCCCCCUUUUCGGCGCAGUCAGUCGCGUGAAUCAAAAACUUCAUCGAAAAAAAAAUUGAUGUUAGCGCGGAGCGCAGACCUCAGGGAGCGGGGUACACCAAGUUUUAUGCGUCGCGCUCACGUCUACAAAGAUUUUUUAACUCACGCGAAGGACUUUGCUGAAAAGGAAGGGAAUGUAUGAAAGAUGAAAACUUACUUCUUUGUUGGUAGACUCAUCGUUGGGCGAUUUUCUCAAUGCGUCGCCAAAGUACGAUAACGUUUUUUCGGCUGUCAUUUAAACCCGUAGUGAAUUGUUAUCUUAUUUUAGGGUGAAGUCAGUUAAGGACCUUCAAAUGAAUGUGAAUUUGUGUAAUGGGAAAUUUCAUGGAAGAGUGCAUGUCACAAAAAUUUGGGAUGAGGUUGUACAGGUAAGAAAACGUAUUGGUUUUCUUCAGCAAUUAACCUUUUGAAUUAGUUUAACUUACCUUACAAUACAUUGAAUAAUUUGCAAAUUGGUGUCGGGGUGUUAAGGUUUAACCCUUUAACACCUUAGAGUGACAAGCAUAUAAUUUCUCCUCACAUUAUCACCCCUUAAUCAUCCAUUAAGGUUAUGAGAAUAAAGGAAAUGAUCACCAACGAAAGAAGCUCUUGAUUGUUAAACAAAUUCUCCUUGUCAGCACCUUAGGAAAGGUAUGAAGAGCAGUAUGGAGAAUGUGCAUACUGAUGUUGGGGUGUAAAGGAUUAAUUAAUUACUGUAUUUUUACUUUCAAGGGAGAGUCACCACUGAAGGGCUUCCACAAUGGGGAUAAAAUUCAAGUCAAGAUUCUUGGAUUUCGCGACGUGAAGACGCACAAGUAAAUUCUAAGUUUAUGAUCUUUGAUAUGAUGUCAGUUUUUCGGGCUUUGUCAAACAUCCAAGUUUUUUUUCUGGACAGUGUUGACUGGUGAUAAAAGAGUGAUGUAAAGCUUUCUGUCAAGGGGUCUCAUAAUUGAAUGAUAGAGCGCUUUUUAAACGAGUGUCGUUAAACAAAAAGCAAAUUAAUCGCCAAGGGUAACCAGAACGAAGGAAAAUAUCAGGAAGAAUCAAUGAAAACUCGAAUUGAGUAAACAGCUUUCAAUAGAAAAACGUGGCUAACCACGUUUAUGGUUACAAGUUACGGUUGGUUGAAACUUUUCGUUAGAUUGGAUGGGAAAGUGCGUUUGUAUCUGAUUGGUUGAGAAAGCAGCGUGCGUUUCUCAGACCAAUCACAGAGCGUACCGCUGCGAAACCAAUUUUGGACCCUCAUUGUCAAUUGAAAACUGAUCCAUACGUCAGUGGUUUAUGAUAAACAGUCUGCCUGUUUCAAUCCUGUACGUGGCAAAAUUUUGGUUGAAGAAAUAAUUUUGUCUUUCAAAUUGAGGGCGUCAAUCUUUGAAAAGAUUCUAAGUAGGUUUUGGUACUGGAUAUUCAUUUUACGCAAUAUUAUUUAUUGUUUUAGGUACUUACCAGUAACGCACACCAAUUUCACUAAAUCUGUAGCCGAGCUGACAAUGAAACCCAGGUAACCUAGCAUAGUGUACUGAAUAUUUCGUGGUCGUUCUCUAUGUAAAAUGUUUUUUUUUUUUUUUUUACAUUAAAUAAGUAGAUGUUAUUUUGUCUUGCUGUUUUAGAAUUUACGAUCUUCUUAAACGUGGCCUCAUGCUUCGUUUUAAAAAUGUGAAAACCCCAUUUUUGGAAAAGAGUUAGUCGAUCGAUAUAUGAUAUAUAAUACAUGAUGACUUGAAUUUCAUGCUCACUGGUCAGAGAGCCAAGCAAGCGCCGCCAAAAAAAAAGCAAAUGCAUUCAUUUGAAAUUCGGGUUCUUCUGACCAGCGUUAGUAAACCGAGAAGAAAACUUAUUGACCACUUAUAUUCGUUUCCAGUUUUAAACAACCAAUGCAAAUAAUCAGUAUGAGGUUUCUUCCGCCCUCGGAGGAAAGGAGAGAAAUCGAGAGAACAAAUCAGCUUGUUUCUCUUUCUUCCGCCCUCGGAGGAAAGGAGAGAGAGAGAGAGCUUGUUUCCCUCACUCUCGCCCUGCUGACGGGUAGAAGAAGAGAGAUCCUGGUAAAGAGAAUGUUAGACUGGUGCUUAAAGCACACGGACAUGGUUGUAGUUUUUUUUUUUUUUGUGACAUUACCUCAGAUUAAUUUACGUUUCGUCAUCAAUCUUUGUCUUGUCGUUGCCCCCACUUUUGAUAGUGAGUUAUUAGAAGUCAGCAGUGAUCAGCAGAGUGCUUCAAAUGGAAAUGCUGAAGGGGGUGGAGCUGACAAGAAACUUGUGGACUACCAAGUUGGGGAAGAAGUAAAUUGCUAUGUGAAGUCGGUACGUGACAAUAUAAUUAUCAUAGGCAGCGAAGAUAGCUGUAACUACUGUAUCUCUUUAGUCAUUACUUCUGUACUCAGGAUACACGCGGAUGGGACGCGUGUAUCCUGAGAACUUCGUAUUUGAGUAAUUCCAAUUAAAUGCGGAAUUAAUGUAGGAUUACUUUGGUUUUGCCUUACUUCGCCAUACGAUUGGUCCAAAAAAAACACGCACCACUUUUUCCACCAAUUAGAUCCAAAACCAAUCGCGACCCGUCUCACGCACUUUCCCGCGCAUUAAAUAGUUUUUUUGUUUGCUUUUCAGUUCUCACAGGCUCCAUGUGACAUUUUCCUCUGCUCUGAUAAACUGUUGUAAUUAUUUUGGUUUGGGUUUUGCGAUACGCGUCCUAAGAGUGAAAUGAUUUUAUAAUGGCACAUUCAUAGGUUGCUUCUGUUGAUACUUUUUGUUGAUCGAUAGGCUACAGAUUAUUGCGUGUGGAUGAUGUUGAGUCCAGCUGUAAACGGGAGAGUAGCGCUUCUACACGCCUCGUCUGACUUGGAGGUAAGGGCUAGGUACUCGCAAAUACGCUGUCCUAAACUAUGAGCGAUUUACUUGUUGACUCUUCAUAACCGUAGCUUCUGUUAAAUGUCAUUGUGCUAGUUAAUUCAUUUGCUACGCUUUCAGGUGUUGAAGUCCCUUAAAACUCAUUUCAAGCCUGGAGAUGGAUACAGAUGUGUGGUGUUGAGCGUGGAUGAAGAAAAAAAAUUGCUGGACCUUUCAAUCAAUGGUGAGAACUUUUCAGUCAUAAGUCGUCUCCGAGUUAGAUGAAACCAGAAUCUGGGAGCGCAACGGGGUUUGGUUGAUGAAUUUGGAACAUUCGAGAGCCAUAAAACAAUACUGCAACAACGAUGAAGUCAGUUUGGAUGUUGAUCGCAUCAACAUCAACAGCGAUCAACAUCCAAAGUGACUCCAUCGUGAGACAAACGAAUAAAGUUCAUCUCCUAUCUUACACCAAGAUGAACAAUAAACACAUAUUCUAUUACAAUACUUCAACUGUUUGCUUUUGCAAACAGUGAUCAUGUUUGGCCGUGCCCAUACUAUUGCCAAUGAAAAUUUUCUAGCUCGCCAAAUUUUUCUUUGGCUUUUUUUUUUUCGUCACUUAGUAUAGGAACCAUCACUCAAAUUUAUCAUAGGGGAGAAAUUCAACGGUUCAAACUUAAUCAUUGUACUUCUUUAGUCAAAGCUGGAUCUAAAAUCGAGGUCACCCAAGUGUUAGCAGGCCAAGUUGCCAAGAUUUUUCCCGACCAAGGACUCCUCGUCCGGCUUCCCAUGUACAAAUAUGGUGUGGUCGGUCUCACAGACCUCAGUGACAAUUAUGAGGAAAAUCCUUUGGAAAGCUUUACAACCAUGCAGCUUGUUAGGUAAGCCAAUGCCUUUAUCUAUCAUUACGCGCUUGAAAUUGAUGGUUUUCAAGCUAAAAAAAAGUCAUAUACGUUCGGUGGAGUUAAGAUGGCUUAGCGUUUACGUUUUUGACGCUAACUCUCUGUUGGGUUGAUAUUUUUCUCAAUCCUUUGUUGCGUUCCUUAAGAACGAUAUUUUGUAAAAAGAAAUACCCGCUAUUAUGCAGGUGGAUAAGCAAUCUUUUGGGGAGGGGGAGGGAAACAAGCAUUUUUUUUUGGGGGGUAGGGGAUGGGGACGUUCAGGAAGAGAGAAUUUAUAUAUAAUGUAAUCAAAUAGGCUUUUCAUCAGUGAUCAAUACUUGCCUCAAUGUAUAGGUGUUUUGUCCUGUCAACGAAAAGCAAAGAUGAAUUUGAUCUGUCACUUAGACCUUCAAGGUGAGAGUUUUGUCACAAGUAUACAUAUUCUGCCGAUUUGUUUCUCUGAAUAGAUAUAGUCACUAUCCAAGGGUUGCAUUUUGGUGUUGUUUUGUGGAGUCUGCGAUCUAAUGAAUUGGUUUGGAAUCGUUCGGAGACUUGAUUCAUGCUAAAGAGAUAAAUAGAAACUGGUCUGGAGAAAUAUUUUCCUCGUAACCCCUUAUAACUUGAGCUCUAUGAAUCUAGUUUUUAAUCAAACGAAUUCCCCUGGUAAGUAUUUUUCUUUCUCCUCUUUAACUUUUCUACUUUUACCCGUCAUUGUAUUGAUAUUGCGGGGAGAACUCACUUAUUGUUUACUCCGAAAGUAAAAGAGGUAAAUUAUUCAGGUCCACUGGAACUCUUAACUGAAUAGCUAUGUUUUUUUUUCUUUUCUUAUUGUGUGCUAGGACACAAGCAGUGGCAACAAUAAACGAGGGAGGUAACUGAAUUCUUACUGAGUGUAUCUUUUUUUUCGUUAUUUGUCGGAAGAAUUAUAAAGUAUCUUUCAUUGAUAAUCCAACAACACUGUAAUUAAGAAAUAUACGGCUUGUUCCAUCUGAUUUUUUUUCUGGGUUCUCUGUACAGUUGCAAAUACUAACGAGGAGGAUCGCGAGAUCAACAGUAUAAGUGAUCUAAAAGAAGGGGACAUCGUCCGGGGCUUUGUUAAGAGUUGUUCUGAUGUGGGUGUCUUCGUCAGGUAAUAUAUUAUAUAUAUACUAAUUGCUUGAGUGGAAAGGCCGCACAAGAAAAUAUUUGGCUCGUGGUCAUGACGUACGGACCGAGUAAUCGAUCAAAAGAGAAUUCUAAUAGAGUGUAAGGUACUAACAAAACAAUCGAUCAGUAGAGAAUGAUAACAGUGCGCGAGAUAGUAACGUAACAAUCAAACAGAAGAGAAUUCUAAUAGUGCACGAGAUGCCAACAAAAAUAUCUCUUGCUAACGAAAAAAUCGAUCGAAAGCGAGUCCUUUCAGGGUGCAAGAUACUAGCGCAACAAUCAAUCAAAAGAGAAUCGUAACGAGUUAUCACGAGUUACUAGCGUAACAAUCAAUCGGAAGAGAAUCCUAACCGUGUGCGAGUUACUAGCGUAACAAUCGAUCAAAAGAGAAUCCUAACUGUGCACGAGAUACUAGUGUGAGAAUCGAUAUAAAGAGAACCCUAACCAUGCACGAGAUACUAGCGUAAAAAUCGAUCAAAAAGAAUUCCAAAAGUGUGCGAGAUACUAGCGUAACAAUCGAUGAAGAGAAAAUGGUAAUGGUGCGCGAGAUUCUAACAACAAUCAUCAAAAGAGAAUUCUAAUUGUGCGCGAGAUACUAGCAUAACAAUCGAUUUGGCCCCAGUUGUUCGAAGAUCGGAUAUCGCUAUUCACCGGAUAAAUCUCUAUCCGGUGAAUGACGCUAUACGUUUUGCUAUUACUUAUCUGCUGGAUAGCGAUUUAUCCGUUGGAUAGUGUUAUCCGCCCUUUACACAACUGGGCUCUGGAGAGAAUGCUAACCGUGCACGAGAUACUAAGGUAAUAAUCGAACAAGAGAGAAUUCUUAUAAUGCGCGAGAUACUAGCGUACAAAUCGAUCAGAAGACGAUCCAAACCGUGCGCUAAAUACUCGUGUAAAGCCCCGUUCGAAUGGUCAUAAUAGUAGAUUACAAUCGAUGAUAGUUUCAGCUAUCAUUCACUAUCACUGACUAUCAUGUUCGCGUUCAAACAGUUUAUGAUAGUUGACAAAAUCACGCGAUGAGAUCGCGUAAUUGUAAACAAGUAUUGCGCGCGCUGAGGUUGGUGGCAUUUCGUCGGCAAGUUUCAAGUUGAAGAUACUGAAGCCUACCAAGAGAUGAUUAGAAUGAAUUACAAGACAUAACGCGAAAUUUUGACGGCUAUUUUAGUCAUUUUACCGUUUGCCGUUUCGGUUUGAGCCUGUUUUUGGAAAUACUGCUGACCGAAAAACUAUCAUUCACUAUUAUCCGCUCGUUCAAACGGCAAAAACUAUCAUCGACUAUCUUGUGGAAUUUGGACAUGUCCAAACUACAUGGUAGUUGAUGAUAUCCAAUGAUAGUCGAUGACAGUGUAUGAUAGUACUAGUUCCUGUUCAAACGCGCGUGAUGGUUGAAAGUAUCAUCCACUAUCGUGACCGUUUAAACGAGGCUUAACAAUCCAUCAAAGAAAAUCUUAAUAGUACGCAAGGUACUAGCGUAACAAUUGAUGAAAAAAGAAUUCUAAUGGUGCGCGAGAUACUAGAUUAACAAUUGAUGAAAAAAGAAUUCUAAUGAUGCGCGAGAUACUAGAUUAACAAUCGACGAAAAAUAAUUCUAAUAGUGUGCGAGAUACUAGAUAAACAAUCGAUCAAAAAAGAAUUCUAAUGGUGCGCGAGAUACUAGAUUAACAAUCGACGAAAAAUAAUUCUAAUAGUGUGCGAGAUACUAGAUAAACAAUCGAUCAAAAAAGAAUUCUAAUGGUGCACGAAAUACUCGAUUUACAAUCGACAAAAAAAGAAUUCUAAUGGUGCGCGAGAUACAAGCGUAAUCGAUCAAAAAAGAAUUGUAAUGGUGCGCGAGAUACAAGCGUAAUCGAUCAAAAAAGAAUUGUAAUGGUGCGCGAGAUACAAGCGUAAUCGAUCAAAAAAGAAUUCUAAUGGUGCGCGAGAUACAAGCGUAAUCGAUCAAAAAAGAAUUCUAAUGGUGCGCGAGAUGCUAGCGUAAAAAUCGAUCAAUGGAGAAUUCUAAUGGUGCGCGAAAUACUAGAUUAACAAUCGACAAAAAAAGAAUUCUAAUGGUGCACGAGAUACUAGAUUCCCAAUCGACAAAAAAAAAUUCUAAUGGUGCACGAGAUACUAGAUUAACAAUCGACAAAAAAAGAAUUCUAAUGGCGCGCGAGAUACUAGCGUAAUCGAUCAAAAAAGAAUUCUAAUGGUGCGCGAGAUACUAGCGUAAUCGAUCAAAAAAGAAUUCUAAUGGUGCGCGAGAUACUAGCGUAAUAAUCGCUAAAAAAAGAAUUCUAAUGGUGCGCGAGAUACUAGCGUAAUAAUCGAUCAAAAAAGAAUUCUAAUGGUGCGCGAGAUACUAGCGUAAUCGAUCAAAAAAGAAUUCUAAUGGUGCGCGAGAUACUAGCGUAAUAAUCGAUAAAAAAAGAAUUCUAAUGGUGCGCGAGAUACUAGCGUAAUAAUCGAUCAAAAAAGAAUUCUAAUGGUGCGCGAGAUACUAGCGUAAUAAUCGAUCAAAAAAGAAUUCUAAUGGUAGCGCGAGAUACUAGCGUAAUAAUCGCUAAAAAAAGAAUUCUAAUGGUGCGCGAGAUACUAGCGUAAUAAUCGCUAAAAAAAGAAUUCUAAUGGUGCGCGAGAUACUAGCGUAAUCGAUCAAAAAAGAAUUCUAAUGGUGCGCGAGAUACAAGCGUAAUCGCUAAAAAAAAAAUUCUAAUGGUGCGCGAGAUACUAGCGUAAUAAUCGAUAAAAAAAGAAUUCUAAUGGUGCGCGAGAUACUAGCGUAAUAAUCGCUAAAAAAAGAAUUCUAAUGGUGCGCGAGAUACUAGCGUAAUAAUCGCUAAAAAAAGAAUUCUAAUGGUGCGCGAGAUACUAGCGUAAUAAUCGAUCAAAAAAGAAUUCUAAUGGUGCGCGAGAUACUAGCGUAAUAAUCGAUCAAAAAAGAAUUCUAAUGGUGCGCGAGAUACUAGCGUAAUCGAUCAAAAAAGAAUUCUAAUGGUGCGCGAGAUACUAGCGUAAUAAUCGCUAAAAAAAGAAUUCUAAUGGUGCGCGAGAUACUAGCGUAAUAAUCGAUCAAAAAAGAAUUCUAAUGGUGCGCGAGAUACUAGCGUAAUAAUCUAUCAAAAAAGAAUUCUAAUGGUGCGCGAGAUACUAGCGUAAUAAUCGCUAAAAAAAGAAUUCUAAUGGUGCGCGAGAUACUAGCGUAAUAAUCGCUAAAAAAAGAAUUCUAAAGGUGCGCGAGAUACUAGCGUAAUAAUCGAUCAAAAAAGAAUUCUAAUGGUGCGCGAGAUACUAGCGUAAUAAUCGAUCAAAAAAGAAUUCUAAUGGUGCGCGAGAUACUAGCGUAAUAAUCGCUAAAAAAAGAAUUCUAAUGGUGCGCGAGAUACUAGCGUAGUAAUCGCUAAAAAAAGAAUUCUAAUGGUGCGCGAGAUACUAGCGUAAUCGAUCAAAAAAGAAUUCUAAUGGUGCGCGAGAUACUAGCGUAAUAAUCGCUAAAAAAAGAAUUCUAAUGGUGCGCGAGAUACUAGCGUAAUAAUCGAUCAAAAAAGAAUUCUAAUGGUGCGCGAGAUACAAGCGUAAUCGCUAAAAAAGAAUUCUAAUGGUGCGCGAGAUACUAGCGUAAUAAUCGAUCAAAAAAGAAUUCUAAUGGUGCGCGAGAUACUAGCGUAACAAUCGAUCAAGAGAGCAUUCUAAUGGUGCUCGAGAUACUUACAGAAUAACUGAUUCAAAAACGAUUUUAACAGUGUGCAAGACACAAGUGACAGAAUCGAUCAAAAAGGAAUUCGACAAACAAAUGAAACAUCGAUUCAAAGAGAAUUUUAACCACCUGAGUGCAUGAGGUUCUAACAAAACGAUUGAUCCAAGGAGUGCGAGACACUUUUGAAGCAAUCGAUCAAAAGACGGUUUAUAGUGCUCGAGAUAAUAACUUGAUGAUCGAUCAAAUGAGAGUUUUAAUACCGUAUUUAUUCGAUUAAACGCCGCAUUUUAGCGCAGAAAUAUUAAUAAACGCCGCCCUCGAAUAGCACACAGCGAUCGAUGCUUCGAUCGCAGUUGGAAAUUUUGAGUGAACUAGAAACAAGUCCUUUUGAAUGAACCAGUUCUGAUGUCGAGAAAGCAUAUCCGACAUAAGAGCUUUAUUCACUUUAUUCACUCCUUGUAUUGCAGUAGUAAUAACAUGCACAUUGUCAAAUUGAGAACGAUAUAAAAUUACUUUUUAGACAAGCACUAAGACAUGUUUCGCCGCGGCGUUCAAUCGAAUAAAUACGUUAAUGCAUGAAAUACUAACGAAAUAAUUUAUCAAAAGAGAAUGUUAUAGUGCUCAAGAUACUGACGAAAUAAUCGAUCGAAAGAGAAUUCUAUCAGUCCCCAAGAUGCUAAUGUAACAAUCGUUUGAAAGAGAGUGCUAACAUUGUGCGAGAUUCUAAUGAAAUAGUUCAAGUUAUUAAAUCUGGAUGGAAAAGACUCGAAAAAAAAGACUCUGGCUGCUGCAAAAAGGGAAGUUGGAAUUGAAAAGAUGUUAAGAGAUUUUAGUGAUAUACAAAACAUUCUUCAUACUGAGAAUGAAAGUGUAACCGGUCAUUAAAUUUCUUUUGCAGUCUGGCCCAUCACAUUGUUGGCAGGGUACAAAUAAAGAACUUAUCGCAGUAUUUUGUGAAGAACUGGAAGCCUUUAUUCCCCAUGGGAAAGUUAGUUAAAGGCAAAGUUUUAAGGUAAUUUGUUUGAAAAGGUAUGGACAUACGGUGAUACGGUUACACGCUGAAAAACCAACUGAGGACGGCUAUCGCUUUGUUAACCUUAUGAUUCACGUGUCAUUAUUAUUAUUAUUAUUAUUAUUAUUAUUAUUAUUAUUAUUAUUAUCACCCUUGAAUCAAACAUUAAGGUCACAAGAAUAGAAUAAAUGAUUACUAAUUAAAGAAGUUCUUGAUUGUUAAACAAAUUCUCCUUGUCAGCACCUUGGGAAAUGUAUAGAGAACAGUAUGGAGAAUAUGCAUACUGAAAAUAGAGUGCAUGUAUAGGGUUUAAAGGGGAAAUUAAAAGGAAGUCAAGCUUAAGUGUUGAACAGGGAAGCAGUUUUAUCUGACGCGUCACGAACAGAGUGAAUCCCUGGAUCGUUAGCCUUGUGCAAAGUUUAAACUUGGCGAUGCGUGGUGUGACACUAUCGAGUAAGAAGCUAACAAUUACAUGUAUUAACCCUUUGAGUGACUGGCGUCUAAUUUCUGCUUACUAUAUCACCCCUGAAUCAAACAUGAAAGACAUGAGAAUACUGAGAGGAGAUGAUCACCAAGUAAAGCAGCUCUUGAUUGUUAAACAAAUUCUCCUUGUCAGCCUCAUUGGAAAUGUCUGGAUAACAGUAUGAAGAAUAUGCAUACUGAUGUUGGGGUGUAAAGGGUUAACAAAGGAAAGCCUUUCUGUAGGUAAAUGCUAAACGUUUGUAGGGAAAAUGAGUUGUAGUUUGCAUAAGAAUGAAAAGUAAUUUUCAUACAAAUUUUUUUUUGACGUAGUAUUGACCUGAUCAAAGGACACCUGGAGUUGUCUUUGAAAGGGAGAGAUGUCGGUGGACCCGACCCAGCACCAAAACCAACGCGUUUAGAUGAAAAAGAGAAACGAGACAAAGAGAAGAAAGAGCAGAAAAGGAAGAGAAAGAAGGAAAAAGAGAAUAAAACAAAAGAAGGAUCAGAUGAUGAAGCAGAAGUUAUUUUAAAGAAACUCAAAGCAGGUAAAUAAAGGGCGGUUAAAGCCAAAUCCGAAUAAUUUAGAGAGGCACUGUAGUAGCACAAACACUCUAAAGAACCCACGAGCUAUUAAUUUACAGGACGUCCAGCUACCAGACAUGAGACAUGCUUGAGAGAGAGGGGCCUAUUUUUUAGAAACAAUGUUCUCUUAAGUAUCAGAGAGGAAGGCCGAUUAUUAGCGAGGGUAUAUUAUGGUUAAGAUGUUACGCCACUCGAUCGAAAAGCGCCUUGUUGCUAUAUGAUUCACCUUCCACAGAUACCGAUCAUGAGGACAGCCCUGAAAGUGAAAGCGAAGAAGAAGACGAGACAUCUGGAAACAUUUCAGAUGAAGAGGUCAGACAAUAUACAAAGUCUUAACGGGAUUUUGACGAAUCAGCCACACUAACAUGUAAACAGGUUAAAAGCUUCGAUGCAUUUGAAGCAGAGUUUCCCAUCUACUCUUCAGUCAUUAGUGUCUUUAGCUAGUAAAAGUUUGCGCGUGGUCGGGUCGGAAGAUUUGAUCUCUUUGCGCAUGCCCAACACUUGACCGCUGGGUUUACUGUAUUCUCGUUGGAAUGAUAUUUCAUGAUCAAAAUGUUUCCCUUUAUUUUGAUAUUCAAGGCUGACGACGCAAAUUCGCACAAAUCAAAUGGAGUACCAAGAUUGGAGGUAUUCGUUUUUUUUCUUUUUUUUAUCUGUGCUUAAAUUGUUUCCUGUGAUGUUCUUUAAACAAAUUGCAACCAAUCUUAGCGGUGUUGGUCGCAGAUUGAGUGUUGUUUUGAAAUAAUGUUUGUUUCUUUUGCAGAUUUCAAGCGGAUUUGACUGGAGCGAGGACGGAAAUUAUAGAGAAAGGACACAAAAGAGACAACAUGAGGAUAAUAACGACGAUGAUGAGAGCAGCGAGAGUGAAACUGACGCUAGCGGACAGGUGUGUUGAGCGAUCAACUUUCCUUAAAAUGCUACAAUGAUCUUUGAUUUAAAGUUUUUGGUUGGUAAUCGACCCAAGUAGGCUAGAUUCCUCCAGUGUAUUUUCUUCACAGCACGAAGCUUGCUUUCCUGCGUUAGCUUCAUGAAAAAUUUGCGCUUCCAACAUAUUUGUAUGCUGAAUCAGUGAUGCUGACGUUAGCUAAAAUAUAGUUAAGUUCUAAUGUUUAUUUAAUCAGCCUUAGCUAGUAAACCGACUUUACCAAGUUUGGGAUUCUGACGCACACCCCAUCCACUUUUUACCGUUGGUACAAUUACUCUGAAGUCCUGCAUAAUUAUGCCCUACUGAGUACUGAGGAGACUGAGAGUGUACACAGCAUGGUACCAUGAUGUGUUUUAAAGAGACCCAUCUUGAUUUUCAGUCGUCAAUGCCAUGUAGAGGGGAGCUUUGUCUGAUGAUUGUCUUCUCUCAAUAUUACCCUUUGUUACAAACUGGAACCGUAUUCAAUGCGCACCAUGAUAGUGACAUCAAACGAACGCUCAACCGUAAAACAGUCUUGAAUGCAUACCGACUACAAUCAAACGAACGUGAAGGAAAAAGAUGGUGUUACAUUGAGAGGCUUUUAUUUUCUCAUUUCAAGUAGAGGUACAUCGAGCGUAAGGUGAAAGUGAAUCCCCCAUCUCUACCGUUCAACUUUUGCGUAACUGUACCGUUUGUGAAUAGCUUAUUGAUCAAAAGUUCACUGACAGCGUGUACUUUCGCCUUUGAUCAGACUUUACUCAACAGCGAGGUAAUUCUUCCUACAUUUUCGCGCCUUCAGGUUGCUCGUAAGAAGAGUAAAAGACAGAAGAGGGCAGCAAAGAAAGCCGAAGAAGAGUUCUUAUACAAGGUAAUUCUGUCACUUUAGCAAAUUGCAACUGAGUACUUUUUGUAAAGUGAUGGAAAUAAGAGAAGGCUGUAAGUAAAGUCUCAUCAUCAAGUACACACCAGUACAGGUUAAUCUCUAAAAUUAGCUUGUGUAUGGAUUUGUUAUGUUGAUGAGCUGGAACAGUACUCGAGUGCUUGUUCACAUUUAGAUCUCUACUUUGAGCUCUCAUUACGUUCUUUUUAUGUUGACCUUUUUGUUGAAGACAUGUUGUGGUGAUCAGUUUGGUUUUUGUUUACGAUUACUUUUGCCCCAUGGUUAGAUCGCCAAUUGUUAAAUCAUUUCUGUGAGAGUCAGAUCUUUCCAUCGAAAAGGUUACAUCGCUCGAAGGAGAAGCUACUUCGCUCCAAACAAGUGACCUCGUUUUACGAAGCCAAAGAAAUCCAUCUGAUUGUACGUCGCUGACUUUUGAACUUUUUGAUGGAGUGAUCUGACUUUCGUUAGAGCGAUCCAAAAAGGAGCAAUCUGACUAUGGGGCGGUUAGUUUCCCAACACUCAAUCUAAAUUUCUCUUUCCUAUGCAGUAUAUCUUGUUAAAUCUUUCACUUUUUCUCUUAUUUUUCGCAGACGGAACAAUCGCUUUUAGAUCAGGAUCGCUUGCCAGAGACUGCCGAGGACUUCGAUCGCGCUGUGUUAUCAUCGCCUAACAACUCAGUAGUGUGGUUGCAGUACAUGGCGUAUCACCUUCAUACCACAGACAUCGAUAAGGCACGAACGGUGGCCGAGAGAGCACUGAAAACUAUAUCAUUCAGGUAGUACAUCUAUACCAUGAGGCACUGCGCAAUUUAAACGAAAAAUACAUCUCAGUGAGGCCACCUAUUCUCUAGAGUCUCUUACGUUCGGUGCAGACAAUCAAAUUAACCUAUUUUGAUUCCCUGAGGAGAUAAAACUGUAACUUGUUCUUACUAUAUCAGAAGAUUAUCCUGACAAGAUGUAAUAAGAAUGGACCAAGGUAUCGGCUGGAGAGUGUUAUCUUAAUAGGACACCAAAUUCUCCAGGUUCUGCUUACGCCUUUUUUCGCGAGUGCGGUCUUCGAUCUCAUUUGUCUUUUCCAUACUUCUCUACCUUUGUUCCCUCUUUUACGUGUCGCCAUUUUACCGCGGUAACAUCUCUGUAGUCCACAAGAAGUUGAGCGUAAUUUUGCACGGCGUAAAAAUGGCCCACGGCUAAAAAAAAAACUUGUGCGUUUAAAUUUCGCUUUCGUCUGGUUCACUUUUAGGGAAGAGCAAGAGAAACUAAACGUGUGGGUGGCCCUAAUGAACUUAGAAAACCUUUACGGCACGCAGGAGUCUUUAGUUAAGGUGUUUGAGCGAGCCCUACAACAAAAUGAGCCCAAGAAAGUGUUCUUUCAACUUAUUGGUAUCUACUCAAGAACGGAUAAAACGGAGGUAAGACUGGGAACGAAGCAUGUAACAGCGUAUGGUCAUAAUAAUAAACGAUAACAACAACAACUUCAAAACAACUAAAUUUUUUACCAAGUAGUAAUCGUUGAAAUGAUAUUUGAUAGUAGCAUGCAUUAGACACGGUUGUAUCUCAGUAUCGCAUUUUUGUUACAAUCCCAGUGAUAUUUCUCUUAUAGUUGGCCGAGCAGUUGUACCAUACGAUGGUGAAGCGGUUCAGUCAAAGUAAAAAGGUGUGGAUCAGCUUCAGUUUGUUCUAUAUGAAGCAAGGAAAGCUUGACUUGGGCAGGAAAUUGUUGCAACGAAGUCUAAAAAGUCUGCCGAAGAGGAAACGUAAGUCAAGUGUGGUUUAAAGAUGUUUUGGAUUGGUAGACGAGGGGAGGAAGUAUGUUGCAUCUUUCGUCAUAGAAUGAGUUAGCUUGAUCUAAAGUUCUACAGUAGAGCACCUAAAGUAGUUGCGCAAUGUUUUGAGUCAUAAUUUUGGAUGUGCGAAUCUGCCUUCAAAUCAAAGGAGACUAAAAAAAAUACAAAAACGGUGAGGUAGAUAAAAACUACAAAGAGGCAACAGCUUAUUAAAGCAUUUAUCAAGGAUUCCGUUUUAAAAGGCGAAAAAAAAGUGGUUAGCUUUGAAAAUUCCAUGUGUCCUGUUACACCUCUGCCUCCCUCUAAAGGCCAGCUUUGUACAAUGGAAACUUUUCUCUGUCGUCAAGGGCCUUUGUAGUGAGGUUCGACUUAAAUAAGGUACUUAAUAUGUUAUGCUUGUGUGACUCAGGAUAGCUAUGAUGCUUUGAUGUAAAUUGUCAUUUAAUGGCGGAAUGCGGAUUUUAAAAGUUGUAAAAUGCUGACUAUAGGACCAGACCUAAACCUGAUUACCAAAGCCACAAAAUAACCACCCAAGGUUGAAUAGAAUUAUGGAAACAAAGAUGAUUUUGUAAAACCAUCGCUCUAGGUGAAAGCAAUGUGAUAGAUUUAUCACUCGGCUGCUCUUUUUUGUUUGUCGCAUUGUUGCUUCUUCAUUACUCUGUUGUGGUCUUUUUAUUGCAGAUAUCGAAACUAUAGUCCAAUUCGCCCUGCAUGAAUUCAAAUAUGGUGAGCCACAGCGAGGGCAGACAAUGUUCGAGAGCAUUCUGACCAACUAUCCAAAAAGGAGCGACCUGUGGUCUGUGUAUCUGGAUAUGAUGAUCAAACAAGGAGACAUUGAACCUGUUAGGUACGAAAAAGAACCUCGGUUCUCACAUUUUAUGAUGAACAAAAUUUGUAGUUGUGCUGCAGAGAUUACCUUGGGACAACUUAAGAAUUGCGCCUUAAAAUGAAAACCACACAUCGUUCAACCCUUUCACUCCGAAGAUCCAAUUAGUGAUUCUCCUUACUGACUCCAGACAAUUUUUAUGAUUCUGGUUCGGAGAAUUUGGUAUUGGAUCAACUGAUAGUUCCCAAAUCGAUAUUUUCUUUUUUCUCAUUACUUGUCCGCUUAAUAUUGUAAGGAGGAAUUCUCUCUUGGUCAGUCAUGGUAAAUCAAGGGUUGACCAAACAGAAAAUUUAUAUCAGCACCGAGAUGAGUAUCAAGGCUUUACUUGGUAAUUUAGCAAAGGGUCAUUUAACUUUUCAUUUUGUUGUUCCAGCGACAUCGUGUGAUUAUUUAUUUAAAAAAAUACAAAGUGUUAUGAUAUUUUAAUUUUUUUACUAUUUUGGGAAAGGUAAAUACACUCUAAAAUGCGCUCUUGAAUGACGGUUUUACGAAGUUUUAAAACUGUGCAACCUCCUUUUUCUUUUAUCUCGUUGUAUCUAUUUAUUUAUUUAUUUUUGUUGUUUUAGGCAAAUUUUUGAAAGAGUUAUCCACAUCAAUCUGUCCUCGAAAAAGAUGAAGCUCUUUUUCAAGCGGUAUCUGGACUUUGAGCGGAAGUACGGUGACGCACUCAGUAUAGAAAAUGUCAAGACUAAAGCAGUGGAGUAUGUUGAAUCAAAGGCGGCCCUGAUUUAAGAUACCGUUUAGUCCGUGAAUUUAAGGUUGCUUCGAGGCUGUAGCAGUAGUGAUUUUGCUGGCGGUGCCACUCUUUGGAGUCGCUGGAGCUCGCGAUAGAAGUCAGAGAUGUUUCUUAGUGACAUGACAUUUUCUGGGGAAAUAAUUUGUGACGACAAACUCGUCUUUUUUCGUUUUUGUCCAACGACAAAACAAAUGAAUUAUUCUUAUAGGAACUUAUUAGAUAAAAAAGAAAGGCUAUAGAGAAAACUCAAACCACGAGGGAAAAACAUUUUUUAAAUUUUAUUUACUCUACGCAAAAAGAUCAAUGUGAGACUACAUUUUUAUGCAUUCGAACUUUGGCCCUUGAGUUUUGCAUUUUACUGAAUACAAUAUUUUUACUCUGAUAAACGCAAGGAGUGGAGGCGUUUCAUAAAUGAACUGUGCUCUUUGAAAGUGAGGGAGUUAAAAGUUCUGCGAGGAGGUUUUUGAUUCGGGGAAACUUCUCACUGAAGUUUCGCAUGUUCGUGUCUCUGAUUUUAAUUGGUGCAAAGUGGUGUUUCGGCAAGUUCUCGUUUUGUGGUAUUUCUCUUGUUUUCUUUUCUCUUGAAAAUUCCAAAUUGCCUUAAUAGUGCGGAAGAAAUGACCAUUUUAAAGAUUUGCCGUUGAUUAUUUAUUAUACGCAAGUUUGAGUUUUAUGAUAGUCAACUGUCAAUAAAUUAUACUAUGAAAUAAUUAGGCAAUCCGACUACGGCUGUCGUGGUUCUUUUUUUCUCUCUAGCUUAUCCGUUCAUUUAUUUGUUUGUGAAUUGAUAUUUUAAAAGAAGAACUUCGAGCACAAUAGUUAUUCCACGUACAGUACACAACAGUAUCAUGCUCUUAUAUACAGAACAGUGCCUACAGUGACUGUAUUAUUA